CGCGAGCUUGGACGAGCACUCUUGAUGACUCAAAACUUGCUUGAUGCAUGCAUGCAUGCUUGCUGCGUACACACCACAUGCGCCACGAGAGUCCGAGAAGAUUUGAAGGGCUGACGAUCACAAGAGGAUCACGUGAUCUGUCACGUGAUCUUUCCGGCAACCCCCACAGCGGGCACAACAGCCAGCCGCCCCAUCAUGCACGCGCCAAACUUGAGACUCACCACUCCACCUCGACGCGAACACGACAAGACACGAGACAGUCAUCUGCCCUCGCACACACAAAGACAAAAAUCUCAUCAAGCACGAUCCGUGCAUUUUGAUUUCUGGAAAGCAUUUCUACAAGCCAAGCCUCGAGGAGGUGCAGCUAAGCUGUCGGUAGUACUACGUUCUUGAGGCACCACGCAGGCACGCUUGCCUAGCUCAUCCUUUACCCUCGUCUCAAACGUCAAUCUCGACCUCCGUCUUUGGUGAAUCAAGACGAGAUGGAUGUGAGUCGC